AUGUCGUCCUUAGAGAAGAAGAGGAAGAUAAAUACGACGAAGAAGGAAUCGGAGCCGGAGCCGUCAUCGCAGUCAACCCCAAAUUCAUCACUUCCCGAUGAUGUGCUAUUGAGCUGCUUCGCACGCGUCUCGAAGUUGUACUAUCCGACUCUCUCCCUCGUCUCUAAGCGAUUUCGAUCUCUCCUUACUUCACCGGAAUUUGACAAGGCUCGGUCUCUCCUGGGCCACACCGAAAGUUGUCUCUAUGUGUGCAUGGAGUGUUAUCAACGUUCUCGCUGGUACACACUAUGCCGAAAACCUAAUCAAACCCUAACUUGUGACACAAGUGAGGGUAAGAAGAAGAAGAAGAAGAAGAAGAAUAAGUCAAGUGGGUAUGUUUUGGCUAGAGUUCCAAUUCCCUGUUCUCCUCGUUCGCACUUUCAGGGUCUCGUGGCGGUUGGUUCUAAUAUCUACAACAUCGAAGAGGGCUCAUCUAAGGUCUCGAUUCUAGAUUGCCGGAGUCACACGUGGGGAGAGGCUCCAAGCUUGCCGCUGAAGCUAGCGUCUUUUUCUGCUAGCGUUCUUGAUGGAAAUAUAUAUGUUGCAGGAGGCGAUGCUUCAGAUAUCUUGAAGAACAAUUUGGAGGUGUUCGACACAGAAACACAAACUUGGGAUCUUAAGACCAUCCCUUACAUUGACCAUCACCCACAUUCACCCAUGUUUUUUAAUUACCCAGGAAGCGCAUGUAUUGACGGAAAGUUCCACGUGAUGAAGACUAGAACAGAGGGGGUUGCUUACAACUCCAAGGAAAGUAGAUGGGACUUGUCUGCACCAAAUAUGGGUAAUUAUAUGGUUGGAGAUUCUUAUUGCGUGAUAGAGAAUGUUUUGUACUCUGCUAUGCACGGAGUAUUCAGAUGGUAUGACUCUGGGCUAAGGGAGUGGAAAAGGUUGAUGGGUUUGGAAGGACUACCUAACUUCCCUUUUCGCAGUUGUGUUAGAUUGGCUGAUUAUGGCGGAAAGCUUGUUGUUUUGUGGGAAGGGGAUGUGUUUUAUCUGAGGCACGGUGGCGGCUAUAACAAGAUUUGGUGUGCGGAGAUUGCGCUUGAAAGACGGCAAAGAGAACGUGAGAUUUCCGGGAAAGUUGAGUGGUUUGAUCAUGUGCUUACAGUCGAAUCAUGUGAUCUCGUCAAGGUUCUUGCUGUUACUCUUUCAUGA